AUGCCGGCUAUCGGUCUUGGCUUCGACUGCUCAGAUCCGCACGCAGUCUUUGGCGAUAUCGCUACAGGCAACACCUUUGUCGACCGAGAUGGUCAGGUCGGUAUGCUGUCAUCGCCCUUGCUUUCGCCCAAGAAGGCCAACAAACGCAACAAGAACAAGUCACACAUUCCGAGAGCGCCAAACAAAUUCAUCCUGUACCGGCACGAGAGACUUGCAGCAAACGAUCUCGGCGACAGCGUCAAGGGAAAGGUUCUGCGUCAAUCCGAGCUGAGCAAGAUCAUUGGAGAGUUGUGGAGAAAAGAACCGGCUGAAGUAAAGGAAAGAUAUGCGCAAAAGGCAGCGCAAGCAAAGCGUGAGCAUGGUCAGAUGUAUCCGAAUUAUUGUUAUCGUCCUGCAAAGCGAAUAGAGAUGUCUGAGCCUGCUUCUCCAAAAGCGUGUGCCAAAGUAACCAGACUGAAGGCUACUUCCUCUCGCUCGCGGACCGCAUCAGCCAAGUCUGAGAUGUCCUUCACGCCUCGAUCUGAUUCCUUCGUGUCGAGUUCGGACUGUGGCGAGUCGAGCGAUUUCUACGCAAGCGACUUGUCGAGCGCAUCGACCUUUAGCCAGUUCAACAGCCCGAUUGAAGUCGACGAGCCAUGCUUCUCGCUCCGCCAGCCAACGUUCGGUCUUCCUGAGCAAUCAGGCGAUAUCCCCAUCGGGUGCUGGUCAGAGUCGCCCAGCGCCUUUUCCGUCACAUCGGCGAGCUCCGGGUUCUCGGUGGACGAUGGUCUGCAGCUGUCGCCCGACAUGCUGUCCUCGCUGCAAAGCAGCUACAUGGAUCACCGUGUCGAAUCUGUCCUCGCUAGCCCAAUGUCGAUGACGUCGGAAGUCAAGCCGCAGCAGCCAUCGUCUCUAUGGGGCUGGCAGCUUCCUGCAGCGCCCGAUACACCCACACCAGCGACCUGUCAAUUGCAGCCGGAGCUCCAACCGGCGAUGGGCGCGCCACUCAAGUCUUAUUUGUACGAGUCUAUGCCUGCACCUGCGAUGCCUGUCAGCUACGACAUGAAUGCGCUGACGGAUGCAAUGACAUACCAAGGCUGGUCCGACCGCGUGCCGGUGUCGACUUUCUACCCGACGCUUAGCAAUGAUCCUUGGCAAAUUGCGGACGACUUUGUGCCUCAAGGCUGGUCUUGAGAAAGCUCUGUCGGUUCGGCGUCUCACUAGCAUCUAGACAUGUCAUCAAAAUAAGCAUAAUCAGUAUAGACACUUUGCACUCUGUAGAGGCAUACCUUGCAUUGCACAAUCUCACUCUCUUGAUUGC